AUGGCGUUCUUUGUGACGUUCGGCAUAAUUUAUACUGUAUUCAUUCUCGGCUAUGGACAGCUGACAGCAGCAGAUGAUAUCGACAAUCGUAUUGCCUUUCUGGAGACUUUGGCAGCUAAUGUGGACUAUUCUGCUCACGCUAAUGAAAUUCAGCUGGAAGAUAUCAAGCUUCGAGCAGACAAACUUGAUGCAAGUCUGGAAAAUGAAAGAGACUUUCUUGCACUGUUGUCUCUUUUCAUGCUAGUGAGACGUGUAACUGGUCCAGACAUCGGUUUUGAUGCGCGGGUGGCUAGACCAAAUACCCAACUUCAAGACCAACAGACAGUAAUCUUCCACCACAUUCAGACCAACCAAGGUGCAGGGUACAAUGUCAGUAAUGGCCGCUUCACGUGUCCACAACACGGGAUCUACCAAUUUGCCUCCACUAUUCCGUCCAAAUCUAAUGAUACUAUAGACUGUGAAAUGGUCAUGGACUUCGUUCAAGUUGGACGUUUCCAUGCCAACCCGCCUGGUUUGGACCAGGCGACGCAGGUAGUGGUGUUAGAAUGCCAGGUUGGACAACAAGUAUGGGUCCGUCAACUCCACGGAGCUAAUGGCACCAUUCUCCUUGGUGGAAAGAGAGAGUUUCCAAGUUUCAGCGGCCAUCUUUGCUGUUCCUUCAGUUAUUUAUCCCUCGUACUACCAUUUAGAAGAGCGGCUGAUCCAAACAUCGGUUUUGAUGCCCAGAUAUACGGCCCAAACGUCCAACUUAGCGACCAGGAGACAGUUAUCUUCAAUCACAUUCACACCAACCAAGGUGCUGGCUACAAUGUCACGAACGGCCGGUUCACGUGUCCACAACAUGGCAUUUUCCAGUUUGCCUCAACCGUUUCGUCCAAACUGGGUGGUACCUUAGACAGUGAAAUGGCCAUGGACACCAUUCAAAUUGGCCGUCUCCAAGCCAACUCGCCAGGUUUCGACCAGGCGACACAAGUAGUGGUAGUCGAGUGUCGUGUCGGACAACAGGUAUAG